GAUGGAAGUAGCCACGAUUGGAGGAGAGGAAUGUGUCCUUGGUCUGACUGACAGGUGUCGCUUUUUUAUCAAUGACACUGAGGUCGCAUCAAAUAUCACGUCAUUUGCUGUGUGUGAUGACUUUCUACUGGUGACAACCCAUUCCCACACCUGCCAGGUUUUCUCCCUAAGUGGUGCCUCACUUAAAAUGCUACAGGCAGCUCUGAGUGGCAGUCAUGAGGCCAGUGGAGAAAUUCUGCGGAAAGUGGAAAGGGGUUCACGGAUCGUGACAGUUGUUCCCCAGGACACAAAGCUUAUACUACAGAAAGGUUAAGUAGAACUGUGCCCCCUGCUGCUUAGAGGAUCUCCAGUUGAUCAAAGAUGCUGGGUUUUAUUUUGAGAUGCCAAGGGGAAACCUGGAGGUUGUUCAUCAUCGGGCCUUGGUCUUGGCACAGAUUCGGAAGUGGCUGGACAAACUUAUGUUUAAAGAAGCAUUUGAAUGCAUGAGGAAACUGAGAAUUAACCUCAAUCUGAUUCAUGACCAUAACCCCAAGGUCUUUCUCGAAAAUGUGGAAACCUUCGUAAAACAGAUUGAUUCUGUAAAUCAUAUAAAUUUGUUUUUCACAGAACUCAGGGAAGAAGAUGUCACAAAGACCAUGUACCCUCCCCCGAUUACCAAGAGUGUCCAGGUGUCCACACAUCCUGAUGGGAAGAAACUUGACCUCAUCUGUGACGCCAUGAGAGCAGCCAUGGAGGCCAUCAAUCCUCGAAAGUUCUGCCUGUCGAUACUCACAUCUCAUGUGAAGAAAACCACCCCGGAGCUGGAAAUUGUGCUGCAGAAGGUACAGGAACUUCAAGGAAAUCUUCCCUUUGAUCCUGAGAGUGUGAGUGUAGAGGAGGCUUUGAAAUACCUGCUGCUCCUGGUGGAUGUUAAUGAGUUAUUUAAUCACUCCCUUGGGACCUAUGACUUUAAUUUAGUCCUCAUGGUAGCUGAGAAGUCACAAAAGGAUCCUAAAGAAUAUCUUCCAUUUCUGAAUACACUUAAGAAAAUGGAAACUAAUUACCAGAGGUUCACCAUAGACAAGUACUUGAAACGAUAUGAAAAGGCCCUUGGACACCUCAGCAAGUGUGGACCUGAGUAUUUCACAGAAUGCUUAAAUUUGAUAAAAGAUAAAAACUUGUAUAAAGAAGCUCUCAAGUUAUAUCGUCCAGACUCACCACAGUACCAGGCGGUCAGCAUGGCUUAUGGCGAGCACCUGAUGCAGGAGCACCUGUACGAGCCAGCAGGGCUGGUGUUUGCCCGCUGUGGGGCCCAGGAGAAGGCACUUGAAGCAUUUUUGGCUUGUGGCAGCUGGCAGCAAGCCCUCUGUGUGGCUGCCCAGCUUCAGAUGUCCAAAGACAAGGUGGCUGGCCUUGCUAGAACUCUGGCAGGAAAGCUGGUGGAGCAGAGGAAGCACAGUGAGGCAGCCACAGUCCUGGAACAGUACGCCCAGGAUUAUGAAGAGGCUGUGCUCCUGCUGCUAGAAGGAUCUGCCUGGGAAGAAGCUCUGAGGCUGGUCUACAAGUAUGACAGAGUGGAUAUUAUAGAAACCAGUGUAAAGCCUUCCAUUUUAGAAGCCCAAAAAAAUUACAUGGACUUUCUGGACUCUGAGACAGCCACAUUCAUUCGCCAUAAAAACCGCUUGCAGGUGGUUCGAGCGCUCAGGAGGCAAGCACCACAGGUCCAUGUGGAUCACGAGGUGGCCCAUGGCCCAGAGUCAGACCUCUUCUCGGAAACCAGCAGUAUUAUGAGUGGCAGUGAGAUGAGUGGCAGAUACUCCCACAGUAACUCCAGGAUAUCUGCGAGGUCAUCUAAAAACCGUCGGAAGGCAGAGCGCAAGAAGCAUAGCCUCAAAGAAGGGAGUCCUCUGGAGGGCCUGGCUCUUCUGGAGGCGCUGAGUGAAGUGGUACAAAGUGUUGAGAAGCUAAAAGAUGAGGUGCGUGCUAUUUUGAAGGUGCUCUUUCUCUUUGAGUUUGAAGAGCAAGCAAAGGAGUUACAGAGAGCCUUUGAGAGUACUCUGCAGCUGAUGGAGAGGGCAGUUCCAGAGAUCUGGACUCCUGCCGGCCAACAGAGUUCAACCACACCGGUCCUAGGUCCCAGCUCCACUGCGAAUAGCAUCACAGCCUCUUACCAGCAGCAGAAGACUUGUGUCCCUGCUCUCGAUGCUGGGGUUUAUAUGCCACCGAAGAUGGACCCGAGAAGCCAGUGGAAGCUGAGCCUGCUGGAAUGACUGCCCUGUUAGGAAGGCCUUGCCGGGAAGACCGUUUGUCCACUCACUCUUCGUGCUUCUAGCUGUGGAGAACUGGGAUGUGGAAGAGUCUGCCUUUGAACAGCCUCAGCUAGCACUAGGCAGUCCCCACUUUCUUUUGGGUAUACAUCUUAGGUACUAUGUCAGAACUUCGUUUUAGCCAGCUUAUUGCAGUCUUUUUAAAAAUUGCUGUUUAGCUGGCUAUAGUAGGACAUGCCUAUAAUCCCAGCAGCCCAGGAAGCUGGGGCAGAAAGACUGAUGCAAGUUCAAGACCAGCAUGGCCUUAUCUCAAAACAACCCAUCCUGCUGUUCUUGUACUCAGUACUGUUUGAAAGCAUGGUUAGGCAGAUCAUGAACUGGAGUCUCGUUUCUGUUACAACCUUGGACAGCUCAUCAUUGAUUUGAUCCUCAGUUCCUGUUGUUCAUAGGGAAUGAUGUUUCAUGGUUUCUACCUCAAAAAGUGAAGACAAGUGGAACCACGUUUCUAAGUUGCUCUGUGUUGUUAACAUAGUGCAUGGUAUUCAUGUAGGCAGUUAGUGCUGCCAGCUUUUAGUAAGAUGUGAUUGCAUAGCUGGCAUCUGUGCAUUAACUCAAAGCAGAAUAAAAAGCUGUUUGGGGACUGGAGAAUUGACUCAGUGGUAAAGAGCGGUUGUUGCUUUUGCAGUGGACCUGGGUUUCCCAGCACCCACAUAGCAGCUCACAACGGUCUGUUUUCUCCAGUUCUAGACGAUCUAACGUCCUCUUCGGAUUUCACUGAGCACCAGGCAAGCAUGUGGUACACAAACAUAUGUGCAGGCAAAAUACUCAUACACACAAAAUAAUCUUUAAAAAAUUUUUUUUAAUUAAAUAUGUUAUCCUACCUUGUUAUGUGCUACUAGCUUUAAUUGGGCUAGACUUCCCCUAGCUGGCACUGUUCCAGGGAUGUUCUAUUGCCUCAGUAUGUUCUGCUAGAGAGUUACCAAGAGUAGGGUGGACUUCAGUGAUGGGUAGACAGCAGGCAUAUGUGGGAGCAGGGUUGGUUGUUACUCUGUCCCCCAAACACUACCUCCUUUGACUAACGCAUUCUGUCUGUGUCCAGGCAGACUCACUUGGCUUUGUGUAUGGCUUUUUGUAUGACAUCAGAUGCGGAGAUGCAGAGUCUAGAGUUUGCCUAGCUGGUUCAGUCUUUCAGUAACUCUGCUUCCUCCUCAAUUUUGGAACUGUAUACCCUAUGCUAUUAUAUGUUGGAAGUAUGUGAUUUGCUUUUUGGUUUUGAUUUUACAGAAGAUUACAAAUAAGAGAUUGCAUAAAUCUUAGAAGAAACUUUGGACUUUUAAACACUGUUGAGAGAGUGUUAGUCUAUGGGAACUUUUGAAGUAGGACUAAAUGCAUUUUACAUUAUGUAUGGCUGCAAGCCUGUGGGGGCCAGGAGUGGAAUAUAGUGUUUUGAAUAGGAAUGGCCUCCAUAGACUCAUGUGUUUGAACCCUUGGCCCGUGGGCAGUGGCACUAUUAGGCGUGGCCUUGUUGGUGUAGAUGUCCUUGUUGGAGGAAGUCUGUCACUGUGGAGGUGUGCUUUGAGAUCUUCCAUGCUUAGGCUACACCCAGUGUAGCAGAGUCUCUGCUGCUAACUUCUGAUCAAGAUAGAACUCUUGCCUUGUACAGCACUGUUUCUGCCUGCAGGCUGCCAUGCUUCCUGCCAUGACAAUAAUGGACUAAACCUCUGAGACUGUAAGCCAGCCCCAAAGAAAUGUUUCUCCAUGAUAGUUGGUAUGGUCUUGGUGUCUCUUCAUAGCAAUGAAACCCUAAGACAUUGACUGACCCAUGUUUCAUUGUUUCCAAGAGAUCUUUGGAAGAUGAGAUUACUUUCUCUCUCUUGUCAAGUCUAGAAAUUGGUCAGUUUAUUUUAAUAAGAGAUUUUGAAAAAUUACUGUUUGACAAUUUUAUAUUUUUACAUAAUGAAUUUGAUUUGUUCUCAUUCCUCUCUCUUCUGCUGAAACCCUUCUUUUUCCCAAGAAUCCCCUCUUCUAUUUUCAUGUCUUUCUAACCUUACCUAAGGUUGAUUAUGUGAGCAGAUGUGGAAGGUUAGUUACUGAAUCAUGAGGAAGUUUGUGUGGGUAUACCACCUAGAAAAAUAAUGCUCCUCCCCAACAAGAGUGUCAUGGCCAAUCCUUGAGUUCAGAUAAAAUCUCUUGUGUGGCCUUAAUACCAAAACCAGGCUUUCAUUACUCUGUGUAAACUAAUGUAAAAUGCUGUUUGGCCCUCAGUACAUAGAUCAACUCAAAAUUGUAAUUUAAGAAGACUUACCUAAGGGCUGGAGAGAUGGCUCAGCGGUUAAGAGCACCAGCUGCUCUUCCAGAGGUCCUGAGUUCAAUUCCCAGUAACCACAUGGUGGCUCACAACCAUCUGUAAUGGGAUCUGAUGCUGUCUUGUGUGUCUGAAGACAGUGUACCCACAUAUAUGAAAUAAAUAUGGCCAGAGCGAGGCUGGAGUGAGCAGGGCAGGGGGAGAAAGAAAGAAAAACAAGAAAACAUACCUAAGCACUUGUUAUAUAGUUAAACUUUUCUGGAAAUUUUAAAUUUUUUACAAAGUAGAAAAAGAGAAGACAAUAUAUUUCACUUUGGAUUGCUCUACUUUUGACUCGUCCUGUAGUGGGCUUAUUCCAGCUAGAUGCCAGUUUCAAGAGGCCGUGAGUACUUGUGGUGACAGUGAAUCCAGUAACUUCUGUAUGUGACAUUUACUGUAGUGAAAAGCUCUUACUGUGGAUAGUGGUGAAGAACCCGUGCUAACAGACUGGAGGUGGAGAUGAAUGUGCCUGUUGACAGUGGCGUGGGCUUUCAUAGGUCCUCGAUUAUCUUAAUGCUAUAGCAGUUCAGUGUGGGAGUGCACACAGCACUCAGGAGGCAGGGACGUGUGGAUCUUUAAGUUCAAGGCCAGCCUAGUCUACAGAGUUCCAGGACAGACAGCCAUGGUUACAUAGCGACCCACUGUCUCAAACAAACAAAAAAUGUAAUGGUAUAGCAGUAAGAAUUAAUAUGUACCAAUUUCGUCCCUCUUAACUAUGCAGGAUUAGGGGCCUGGAGAGGUGGCUCAGUGGGUAAGAGCACUGACUGCUCUUCCGAAGGUCCUGAGUUCAAUUCCCAGCAACCACAUGGUGGCUCACAACCACCCAUGAUGAGAUCUGACACCCUCUUCUGGUGCAUCUGAAGACAGCUAUGGUGUACUUACAUAUAAUAAUAAAUAAAUAAAUCUUUAAAAAAAAACUAUGCAGGAUUAGAUUUUGCUCAUAUUGAGAUUAAGUAGGAAGAGCAGGCCUUUUGUAUUGAAGGCUGAGACGAGGCGGGACAUGUAGGGUGUGGGACAAGGUAAAUGAGAGCUAACUUUGAAGAAAGCUGUUGAGCUUUAAAAAAUACAGAGUUGCCCCCAGGUUUAGGUUCUAUCUCAGCAAAUUCUUAUCACAAUAAGAAAAAAUCUUGGUUUUUCUGGCUUGCGUUGAGUAAGGUUUGUUCUUGGCCUGUCUUGGAUCAUGUAGCUUUGUUCAAUGCUACAGACAUUAACAGGGAACUUGCAGAGAGCCAUCUUCCUCAGCCUGUGGGCUUUGCAAUCACACAUUCUAGAAGCUGUGGCAGAAGCUAACAUUUGGAGGUGUUGAGGAAUUCUCAUUGUUAUUUUGUGGUGCUGGGCAUUGAACCCCUUCUGGGCACUGUACAUGCAGAUCAAGCUGGUGUGGACCUUGCUGUAGGCCUUACCCCAGUCAGAAGGGCAUUUUGAAACAAAACCCAAAAACCUGGCACUUCUUAGUAAUUGAAGGUGACUGCACGUUGGGAAGCACAGUCUAUGUUUUAUUUUCCUCCUUGUCUUAGUUAUUCUACUGCUGUGAGGACCCCAUGACCAAGGCAGCUCUUAGAGAAGGCAGCACUUCUUUCUUGUUUACGUUCAGAGGCUUGCAUCACUGUGAUCAUCAUAGUAGGUAGCAUGCGGCGUGUAGGCAGGCAGGCGUGGUGCUGGAGAAGUGGUCGCAGGCUUCACAUCUGGUUCCACAGGCAGAGGGGGAGAAUGAAAAUGGUUCAUAUGCUGGGCCUGGCAUGGGCUUUUGAAACCUCCGAGUUCACUCCCAGUGACAUGCGUCCCACACGGCCACAUUCUUAGUCCUUCUCAAACAGUUCUGUUCCCUGGUGACUAAGCAUUGGAGCAUAUGAACCAUUUUCAUUGAAAUCACUACUCCUGUUUUGCUAGUCCAUACUGUAGAAGCUCAUGGGGGUCUUCAGCUGUUGUUCGUGGGGCGAGGAGGGAAUCAGCACAGGUGACUAAAUGUUCAAGAUCAGUGGUUCUCAACCUUUAAUACAAUUCCUCAUGUUGUGACCCCAACCAUAAGAUUUGGUUGCUACAUCAUAACUGUGAUUUUGCUAGUUAUGAAUUGUAAAUACCUGAUAUACAGGGUAUCUGAUGUGUGACCUCCCAAGGGAGCCACCCACAAGUUGAGAACCUCUGUUCAAGAGGCUGUAAUCAGUUAAGGCGCCCUUGGUGCUGAUGGCAACAGUAAACGGUGUGCUCGUGAGUCCUGAGCCUUCUGUGCUCUCUGAGCUCUUUCCUGUGCUCUGUACCCAUCUUUACUCUGGUUUUUUGAGACAGGGUUUCUCUGUGUCCUGGGACUCACAAUGUAGACCAGGCUGGUCUCAAACUCAAAUCCACCUGCCUCUGCCUCCCAAGUGCUGGGAUUAAAGGCAUGUGUCACCACUGCCCAUCUCCAUCUUUACUCUUUUGACACUGAAGUCCCAAAACUUCAGCAGAUGUCUUGAUGUAAAGAUGAGGGUUUGCGUUCUGAAUCCACAUAUUUUAGAGACCUUUAGGAGAGGAACAGCACUUCUCCAAGCCUGUGUGUUCCUUGUUGCCAGUAAGCGCUUCUCUGUGCUCUCUACUGGCAUUUUGAAUGAUAUCAUCUACAAUGCCUGGAAUGGCACUGUAGGUACGUUAUUUGUAAUUUCCCUGGCUCUGCUCACUAGAUAGUAGUAUAUAUUUCCAUUCCUGUUGUAACAAACUUGUCAUGUUAACCUCAGCUGUUAAGCUUAGAUGAUGCCGAUGCCAAAAAUACUAAACUGCUGUGUUUGUG